UUCACAGACUCAGCGGCAGCGCUCAGGCGGCCAGUAGGAGAAUACGUGGGUAGCGGCGUCCCGCCGGGCAGGUGUCUGAGGCGGGGGGACCCCACCCGGCGGGACUGGGUCCCCGGGCCCCCGCCUCCUCCCGCGGACACAGCGCCCUCAGCGGCCCCGGCGGCCCUCCCGCCUCGGGGCGGCGCCGCUCAGGCCGCAGCCCAGGCCGCCGCCCGGAGCAGAGAUGAACUUUGAGGACGUGGCCAUCACCUUCUCUGAGGAGGAGUGGGGGAUCCUUGAUGAGGCACAGAGACGUCUGUACUGCAAGAUGAUGGUAGAAGCUUUUGCACUGGUCUCAUCUGUAGGUUGUGGGCAUCAAAUGGAUGAUGCAGAGGUGUGUUCUGAGCAGCAUGUAUCUGUAAAAGGGGAGUUGCAGGUUAGUGCUCCUAAUUCAGCUCUAGCAACAAAGAGGAUGCAUCUCUGUGGGAGGUGUUUCUCUGUUUUGAAAGACAUUCUGCACCUGACUGAGUCACAAGCAGCAGACUUUGAGCAGAAAGCCUUCUUCAGUGAUGCAUGUGUGAGAGACUUCGGUUUCAGUGCAAACCCUCCCCAUCAACUGAAGGAAUCCAGUGGAGAGAAGCCCUGGAAAACAGCUGUGGACGGGGCCUCAUUUGUGACCAAGUGCAGCUUUCAUUUACAAGCGCUGUCUUUAAACAAUAAGGAAGUUGGGGAUGACUUCCCAGCCAUCUCAGAGCUUGUCCAGUACCAGGCACUUCUCGACACUGAGGAACCCCAGAGUCGUAUUGAGAUUUCACAGGAAUUUCUCAGUAGAAAAAGGCAGCACCAAUGGGAUGAAUGUGAAAAAGCUGCCAGCCAAAACCAGAACCAGGGCAUCAGCGCCAGAGAAGUGAAAUAUGAGUAUAAUACAUGUGAGAAAGUUUUCAGCGGUACCUUUAACCACAAAAAACAUAGGAGGGAUCACACUGGAGUAAUGUCCUAUCGGUGUACUGACUGUGGGAAGCUGUUCAAUCUAAAGUCUUCCCUCACUCAACACCGCAGAAUUCACACUGGAGAAAAACCAUUCGAGUGUAGUGAUUGUGGGUUGUCCUUCAGAACUACCUCUAAUCUCAUUAGGCACCGGAGAGUUCACACUGGAGAAAAACCUUAUAAAUGUAGUGAUUGUGAGAAGUCCUUUCGUAAUGGUCAUGCCUUAAAUGUACACCAGAGAGUUCACACUGGAGAAAAACCUUAUAAGUGUGGUGAUUGUGAGAAGUCCUUUAGUAAUGGUUAUGCCUUAAAUGUACACCAGAGAGUUCACACUGGAGAAAAACCUUAUAAGUGUAGUGAUUGUGAGAAGUCCUUUAGUAAUAGUCAUUCCUUCAUUGUACACAAGAGAGUUCACACUGGAGAAAAACCUUAUCGGUGUAAUGAUUGUGAGAAGUCCUUCAGUAGCAGGCCUGCCCUCACUCUACACCGGAGAGUUCACACUGGAGAAAAACCUUAUAAGUGUAGUUAUUGUGAGAAGACCUUCAGUAAUCGUUCUGCCCUCACUGUACACAAGAGAGUUCACACUGGAGAAAAACCUUAUAAAUGUAGUGAAUGUGGGAAAUCAUUCAGUCAAAGUUCCAAUCUCAUGAAACACCAGAAAAUGCACACGAGAAAAGCUGUAUGAGUGUAGUGACUGUGGUAUGUCUUUCAGGAAAAAAUGUACUCUCAUUCAACACCACAGAGUUCACACUGGAAAAGGGCCUCAUGAGUGUAUGGAAUGUGGGAUAUCUUUUCACUACAAAUCUUUCUUCGUGCAACACUUGAGCGUACACACUGGAGAAAAGCUUUAAAUGUCCAGGGAAUAUUUUACUUUCUCACUCAGAAGAACACAACCAGAGAAGAAGCUUUUACCCGCAUUUACUUGAAUGGAAACCCCUUUAUCUAAACAUGCACUCUGCUAGAUGCCUGUUUUGUUUCAGGUAUAAGUGACACUUCCAGAAGCCGGAUUUAUGUCAUUGAAAGGAUUUGUGUGGAAGCUCUUUCACUCCUACCGCCUGCCUCAUCCGAAGAGUGUGCCUCAGUCACAACCCCUGCAUGCUCUGGGACUGUACUUGAGAAAAUUACGAAUAUUCUGAGCUCCUGGAUGAAUUGUCAUUCCUUUAUUUCUGACCAGAGAAUUGACCUGAUCUAGGUUUUUUCCAUAGUCCACUUCCUCCACCAAGAAAUGCUAACUCUUUCAGGGACGUUGUGGGACUCACAGUAUGCUGUGAUGAAGUGUUUUAGGUUCAGUUCAUCCACAUACAAACCUCUUGCUAUCCUCUGCUCUGGUUUACGAUCUUUAUGUAAAGGUGUUUUUAGUUUUGUACCUUUAAUUUUGUUGGUUCUAUUUUCUCCCUGGGAUGAUUUAAAGGAAAGUUGUGUUCCGUCAGCAUGAAGGGGUACCAUAUACAUACAAAU